AUGGGUUUUUGGAAUCGCAAUCCGCCGCCACCGGCGGCAACCCUGAGUACGGAUCCCGUUUAUUCGCAUUCAUUAAGACCCGAAGAGUUCCGCAAGCCGGGAACGACACCCUAUCUUGGACUUCAGGCCCGACUCUCACAGGUCUGGUUCAACCGGUGGACAGUCUUGCUCAUUCUGGUUUUGGUCCGCGUGUUACUACUCCUGGGGAGCCUGAACGACAAUCUUGGUGACGCGAAAGUCAAGGCGCUAUCAGCAUGUACCAAGGUUGAAGACAUUGGAAGCGCGAUGGCUUCGAUGCCGCAUUACCUGUCCGUGGGCGUGAACCGACUCGCGGCAUCUGGCAUAACUGACGCAGUGCAUGCGAUGAUGAAAGUAUUGGACAUGAUCCUGACCGGUGUCCAAGAACUUAUCCUAUUUGUCAUUAACAUGAUGACAUCAACCUACACCUGCCUAAUCGCUGCCGCUGUUCAUGGUGGCCUCAACGUGUCGGCUCUGGUGGUCACCAAGACGACGGAUGCAAUGAACGAUGCCAUUCAGGGCAUCGCGGGCGGUAUCACCGACGCUGGUAACGAUAUUCAGAAGGCAAUCGACGAUACUUGGGGUAAAAUAACGAGUGAGAUCGGCAAGGUUCCACUUCUUGGAAGCAUCAACCUUCCGAGCACGCCGAAAGUAGACCUCUCAGGCGCGGUUGACAAGCUCAAAGAUGUCAAGAUCGACUCAUCUGGCUUCGUCUCCGAUCUUGACAAUCUGAAUAAGGAGUUACCAACGUUCCAAGACGUACAGAACUUUACCAGGACUGCAGUGUCCAUACCGUUCAAUCUUGUCAAGGAAGCAUUGAACGAUAGUUAUGGAGACUGGAAAUUUGAUGACUCGAUCUUCCCUGUGGCUCAGAAAGAAGCUCUGUCUUUCUGUUCGGACAAUUCGGUCAUCAAUGACUUUUUUGAGAAUCUCUUCGAAAUCGCAGCCCAUGCCAAAAUCGCAUUUAUCGUGGUCCUCUCCGUCCUUGCCAUUCUGGUCUGUGUACCUAUGGCUUGGUGGGAAAUCCGAACCUGGCGCCGAGCCUAUGGUUAUCACCAAACCUUUGUCAAAGAGAAGCAGGAUGAGAUGGACAUGUACCUGAUGAGCGGCCGCCCCUUCACCUCCAAGGUCGCGGUCAGAAUCGCCAACAGUAUCACUAAGGACGAUCGACGGAAAGCCUUGGUCCGGUGGUCUGUUGCGUAUGGAACUUCCCUGCCAGCGCUGUUCGUCUUGUCGCUCGCGAUCGCUGGUCUCUUCUCCUGCCUCUGCCAGUACAUCAUCCUCGUGGAGAUUGAGAAGCAGGUGCCUGCUCUUGCCGACCAAGUGGGCGACUUCGCCAAUGAAGUCGUCACCACUCUAGACAACGUCUCAGUAGACUGGGCCAAUGACGCCAACGGCGUCAUGUUGAAGUACAACGAUGAGAUCAACAACGAUGUCCUCGGCUAUGUUACGAACGCCACCGAUGCCGUCAAUGACACACUCAACGUCUUCACCGAUGAGAUGGACAAGGGUCUGACAACAGCCUUCAAAGAUACCAUCCUGAUGGACCCGAUCAAGGAAGUCGUGUACUGCCUGAUUGGCCUAAAGGUCGAAGCUGUCCAAAAGGGCCUGACCUGGGUCCACGACCACGCAAAGGUCAGCUUUCCGCUCUUUCCCAACGACACCUUCUCGGCCGGCGCGGCCAAGUCGAUCGACGGCGACUCGGACCUGACAUCGUUCCUCGCCACGCCCAGCACAGUCACCACCGACGAGGUGACGGGCGCAGUGAUCCACGUCACCAACUCGAUCCGCAACAACAUCAUUCAGGAGGCGCUGAUCUCGACCGGGCUGCUCCUGGUCUACGUCCUCGUCGUCUUGAUCGGCGUCGUUCGGACGCUGGUGGGCAUGAUGACGCCCGCAGGCCCCGAAGACCGGCAGAACCGCAGCGUCGCCAUGAAGCACCUCUCCAGCCCUCGGCCGUCUUCGUCUGGCAGAUCCUACAGCGAGGCCCCCAUCGGCCGCAGGAGACAAGAUGAGGGUGGCAUGUUCUCGAGAGACGAUUCCGCGCUCAACAAGGAGGAGAAUGUCUUCGGAAGCGGCGCCUUUGCCUAUUCGGAGAAGAGGUCAUAG